GGACGUACCAGGGCCAGUGGGUCGGAGGGAUGCGCCAGGGUUACGGCGUCCGGCAGAGCGUUCCCUACGGCAUGGCUGCGGUUAUCAGGUCACCCCUGAGGACGUCCAUCAACUCCCUGCGCAGUGAGCACACCAACGGCGAAACCGCCCCCCCGCCGGCGGUGGCCGCCAGCCCCGCCGUCUCCCGCGGUGGCUUCGUCCUCAUGGCCCACAGCGAUGCCGAGAUCCUCAAGAGCAAGAAGAAGGGCAUCUUCCGGCGGUCGCUGCUGAGCGGGCUCAAGCUCCGGAAGUCCGAGUCCAAGAGUUCCUUGGCCAGCCAGCGGCGCAAGCAGAGCUCUUUCCGGAGCGAAGCCGGGAUGAGCACGGUCAGCUCCACUGCCCGCGACAUCAACGCUACCGACAUCAACUCCACCAUCAGCCUGGGCGAAGGAGAAGCCGAGCUCUCCGUCAUCGAAGACGACAUCGACGCCACCACCACCGAGAUCUACGUCGGCGAGUGGAAGAACGACAAGCGGUCGGGCUUCGGGGUGAGCCAACGCUCGGAUGGGCUCAAGUACGAGGGAGAGUGGGCCAACAACAAGCGCCACGGCUACGGCUGCAUGACCUUCCCCGAUGGCACCAAGGAGGAGGGCAAGUACAAGCAGAACGUCCUGGUCAGCGGCAAAAGGAAGAACCUCAUCCCACUGCGGGCCAGCAAGAUCCGCGAGAAGGUGGAUCGGGCCGUCGAGGCGGCCGAGCGGGCGG